AACACGUCUGCGAGGAGAUUAUACAUCUUGUGGAUCGGCUGRCUGAYCAUAGUUUAUACGUUCAUACUUGCUAUGGAUCAAGGAAAAAAGCCUCGUGGUAUCCUUGAACGUCUAGAUGCUGGUGAAGUUGUGAUUGGUGAUGGGGGUUUUGUGUUUGCUUUGGAGAAAAGAGGUUACGUCAAAGCUGGUGUAUAUACUCCUGAAGUUGUGGUCGAAUUCCCUGAAGCAGUUCGACAGCUUCACAUCGAGUUUCUUCGCGCCGGUGCUGACGUCAUGCAGGCAUAUAAUUAUUAUGCCUCUGAAGACAAGUUGAUGAACAGAGGAAACGAAGCUAUUAAACUUGGGGUACGUUGAAUGUUAUAAAAACUUCYUUAGCUGGAGUG